GUAUUGGAGAGAUAUCAAAGAGAGAGGGUUGAUACAAGUAGCUGGAAAUAAGAACUGGUCACUUUAAGAGCAAGGCGCGGGUGGAGCAAAUGUUCAAGCGUUGACCCAUGCUUAUAAAAAGAUAGAGAAACCGCGUUGCUGUGAGCGAAUUAAUUCCCUGAGCGAAUGUUGUCGGAAAAGAUAUAGCACGUGCAAGUUUUGUUGUCGUCAGCAGUCGGCCAAUAACUGGAUAGACCUGCUAGAAAUCGAAGGAGCGACUAUACCUCCACUACACAACAGCCUACUUUGAUGGUAUGCCAGCACCUAACAAUGAGACAGGAUGACUACUACUGGUUGGCUGGACUGCAGUAAGCAGAUGGACAGUGUCUCUGUGAGGACUGGGUGCUCAAUGGAUCUACAUGUACAUGUCCGUUAGGAGCAGCCUGCCUUCCCCCAGUCUCUGUCACAGCAUGGCCCGAAACAAGGCUUACUGGGGACAGCCACAUGGCACAAACAGCCUGUGCUUUAGCCUGGAUGCUGAUGACGCGAUGGAACACAACUUGAGAGAGCAUCACCAACACCACACAGUGUCCCAGGGCUUUGACAACAAGAUGCCCCAGCCCUACCAUCUACUGUACUCUAGCAGCCAUCCCUUGACCUCUCACUCAACCAGACCCCGCCCUCCUGAGGGGGACCAGGUGGUCCCCUCCUUCCAGAGACUAUCAGUUUAUGAGCAGAGUCCGUCCUGCGGCCCCAAGCCCCUGCCCCCUCUCCCUGACCCAGAGGAUAACUCCUCAGAUGAGGCUGCGGACAGCGAGGUGGAAUUCUUCAUCGACGACAGGCAGCACCUACUUCCUCAGCGCUGCUCAUCGAAUGCCCUGGCCCUCCACUAUGGAGCCACCGGACGACGAAGCUUCAGGGGCUGUGGCCAGGUCAACUAUGCCUACCUUGAGGGGCCCCCCGGGGCUAGCGGCUUGGCUAAUGGUGGAGCCCAAAGUGGAACCCAGGAGCAGCAGGCCCAGUUUGGGGGACAGAGAGGGCCAGGGGCCGUGGUGGUAGCAGCGAGGGACAUUUCUAGCAAGCAACCCGAUCGGCCCCAAUGGUCCAAGUUGCGGCGCUCCCACUCGGGCCCUGCAAGCUCCUUCAAGCCCUCCGGCCUGCGCCAGUCGUGUCACCUUCACCACCACCACCAUGGCAGCUACAGGGGCAACCCCCAGCUGGACAAGCCUGAAGUUCCUCCCCGCAUCCCCAUCCCCCCACGCCCCUCCAAGACUGCCAACUGCCACCGUUGGUCUGUCACCGAGGACCAAGAUAAGGACAAGCCUCCCAAAGUCCCUCCAAGGAAACCGAUAGCGCCCCCUUGUGGCUCCUGUUGCACCCCUAGUCCCAAGAGCCUCCCUAUAUACGUGAAUGGGGUGAUGCCGCCUACGCAGAGUUUCGCCCCCAACCCCAAAUAUGUCAGCAAGGGCCUCCAGAGGCCACAACAGCAGCAUAGGGAGGGGUCCACUGGGCCCUUGGUGGGCCCACGCUCCCCCUGUAUCGUGCCUAUCAUGGAGGAUGGGAGGAAAGCCAGUGCCACGCACUAUUUCCUCCUUCCCCGACGGCCAUCCUACAUGGACAGGUUAGAAAUGUUCUUGAGGGAGAAGGAGGCAGACAGUGUCCAGCAACACUCCCAGCUCAGAGUGGGGUUGCCAGAACAGGCAGAAACCUCCUGUCAUCAUAUAGAGCUUCAACAUUGCGGAAAGCUUGAAGACUGACCCCCCACACACUAAUGUCCAUCUUUAAUUAUAGUGGAAAUAAGGUGCCAUUUCGGGACGAACCCUUCGUCAUUCAGUCUAGGGUGCUACCACUAAAACUUUUGCCACCUCACUUGAUGCAACAAACAGAAUUUUCGCAAAGAUAAACCAUAGAUGCCUGGAGGCUUCAAGUGUCAGAUCUGUACUGUCACUGUAUUCAAACAGAAAGCAGUGUGAUGGAUUGGUAUAAGGUGUUUUUUGUUGUGCUCUGUGAGUAGUGUUUUGUUAAAUGGUAUGGGUUAACUGAAACAUUUGUUGCAAGUGAAACAUUUGUUGUACGUUAUUUUGCCGUUGAAAGACCAAUCUGUUGAGGGAUUCAUUUGAAGGUAUCGGUUUACUAGACAUGUUUAGUUUUAAACUAAUCGAUCUAGGUCUAGUUGGUCUCAACUGUUCAUGGUUAUGUAUCAACUAAUGUAAAAUGUUCUACUCAAUGUGGGGAAAGGUCUAUUUAUAAUAUUCCGAGUCUAGGGAGUAUAUACCCACUAAUUAGCUGUUCACAAAAAAGAUGUAUAGAAAUCAUCCCUUUUCAUCCGGAGUCGUAUUAACUAGUCACCAAAUGGAAGAAACCCGACUGAAACAGGGAGGGACUACCUGAACUUGUCCAAUAAGAAACAUUCAUUUUCAUUUUCUGUUGGUAAACGCUUUGCUAGUGUGUGCACUGAUGAAUAUGACCCAGUAUGACCAGAGUUGGACGUCACAAAGAUUUCCCCCCUAGUAGGCAUCCUAUUGGAUUACCUGACACAGCCUUGACUCAGAAAUGUUAUAUUUGUAUUCAUUUAGCAGAUGCUCUUAUCCAGGGCAACUUAAAGAUACAUCUUAAGAUAGCUAUGUGGGACAACCACUUAUCCCAGUAAGUCAAUGUUUCCUAAAACAAAGUAAGAGAUAGUAAGAGGGGAAAAGGUGAAGUGAAGGUGUUAGUUCACAAAA